GUAGACAUGAGUAAGCAAGAAUGUUGUUUUGGUGCAUCAAAUUCUGAAGUUGCGAAAAAGUACAUCGAAUUUUAUAAUAAAAUAACAUCGGUAGAUGAAGAGUCUUCAAACGAAGACGAAAAGUUAACUAUGGAGAAUAUCGUCGAAUUAAUCGUUUCUAAUAAAAAAAUUGGUGAUGAUAAUAAUUAUAAUAAAACUUGUACACAACCAAGCACAUCAAAACAAUAUACAGAGGAUGAAGUUUACCAAGUUGGCGACAGCAACAAAGUCGAGGAUAAUAUUGAGGGAGUACAAACAGCUUUACUAAAAAAAGAUAAAAAAAAAUCACUUUGCAAACAACAACCAAUACAACAACGAUCUGAUGAACAUGAUUAUGAGCAAUUACACCAACGCUUAUUGCAAUUCAUUCACAAAGAUAAAAAAUUAUAUGAUGAAACUGAUCCAGAUCCACUGUACUGGGCUUUUAUGGGCUCUGAUUAUUCUUAUGUCGCGGAUAUACUUAUAGAAGCAACAUCCAAGGAUCUCUGUGACUAUGUUUUAGCAAAAAAAAAGGGUCAAAAUCCUGAAGCGAUUCGAAUAAAACUUCGCAUCAAUGAAGCUCAUAAACUGCUUUUGAUCUUACACGAUUGUUAUAACUUGAUUUACAACAGAUUGAGAAAAUUUCAAAAACAACGCACCCACAGAGGCGUUUUCUUAUCAUACCUUCGGAUUAAUAAUCUGGAUUACGAGACGAAAAUAGAACUGAUUCAAAAUCAAAUUGAAGAUUUGAACAAAUUAUAA